AGUAAGCCGAAUAAAUGAAUUUAACAAUACAAUUAGUAUGUCAGCAUGUCAACGCAUUUACAUGAAUGUAAAUGUUUUCAAAACAAAAAUUAUUAAUGAUGAAUUAAUGAAUAAUUAGAAGUAAAUGGUUAAGUCACCAAACCAAGGAAAUAGUAUUCAAGUUGCUCGAGUUUCUCAAAGUCGAUUGAUGACGGUUUUCAGCAAAACUGAAAUCUCCAAUCCUGACAGAGAUAUGUGGAUAAUUGGAGAUUUGUUUCCCCCUUUUGGAUUUACCACAUUUGCUGGGGCUGUUGUACUCUGCAUUGUGAGCUACUAUUUGUUUAGGAAAUUGAGUAGCGAUGGUAAAGUGGCAGUAAGAGACUACAGCAAGAACCACAGUUGGACCCCCAUUAAAGUUACAGCCAGGACUUGGUAUUGUUCAGUAUGUGAAGCAUUUUUAAUUCAUGGUAUUGGAGUAUAUUGUGACUGUUGUGGGGUAUGUGCUGAUUCUGAAUGUAUUAAAAAAGCCAACCAAACACUUACUUGUAAACUAGUUACAAGUAACAGUGAUGUUCAGCCCCAUCAUUGGGUAAAAGGCAACCUUCCUUUGGGAGCAGUGUGUUGUCAAUGUAAUGAAGACUGUUCAAUGGAACCAGGUCUUAUUGAUUUUCAGUGCUGUUGGUGCCAACGCACAGUUCAUACUGAAUGCCUCAAGCAAAUGGAUGAUGUACGAAUUAAGCUUGUUUGCGAUUUUGGCCCGUUUCGGUCAAUGAUUGUACCGCCGUCCUGUGUGCAAGUAGCCCGAAGAAAGGGCGCUCUUAAUAAGCACUUGCUAUUAAGAGGUGUAAGAGAUCCUGGUUGGGAAAAAUGGUCUCCUUUGGUGGUUGUAGCUAAUAAAAAAUCCGGAAACUCAGAUGGAGCGUUGGUUUUGUCUGAAUUCAGGAAAUAUUUGAAUCCUGCCCAAGUUAUAGAUUUGACUAAUAGAAAACCUCCAGCUGCUUUACAAUGGUGUGUCCUUCUGGCUCCCAAGGUUGUAAGAGUGUUAGUAGCUGGUGGUGAUGGAACAAUAUCAUGGGUAUUAACUUCUUCAUAUAAAUUGGAUUUGGAUCCAGAACCGCCGUUAGCAAUUAUUCCGCUUGGAACGGGCAAUGAUCUUUCAAGGGUUUUGGGAUGGGGCAAAGAAAAUUCCCCUGAACUAGAUAUGCAAAAAAUAUUACUAAAUAUUCGAGAUGCGACUCUGUCUCAACUCGAUAGAUGGCAAAUAGAAGUGAUAUCGACGCGGCAUUUAGGAAUUAGAAUUCCGAACAAAACUUUCUACAUGUACAAUUAUAUGAGCGUCGGCGUGGACGCUCAAGUGGCAUUAAGCUUCCAUAAUACCAGAGAUAGUAUAUUUUAUGUUUAUGGUAGUAGAUUAUUCAAUAAGCUUUUGUAUUUGUGUUUUGGAACUCAACAAGUGGUUACAGCAGACUGUAAAAAUCUAGAGCAGCGGCUUGAUUUGUAUUUGGAUGGUCAUCAGGUGCCUUUACCGGAACUGGAAUCCAUUGCCAUUUUGAAUAUCUCCUCUUGGGGGGCUGGUGUCAAUUUAUGGGGUUUAGGGGAUGGUUCCAGUAGAACAACCCAGUCGCAUAACGAUGGCAUCUUGGAAGUUGUGGGGAUUUAUUCCUCUUUUCAUAUAGCCCAAUUGCAAGUUGGUAUUUCAUCUCCCAUCAGAUUAGGACAAGCUAGGACUGUAGAGAUUCGUCUAAGGGAGAAAGCUCCCGUUCAAAUAGAUGGAGAGCCCUGGGAGCAACACCCAGGCACUUUAAAAGUUACGUACGUGAAUAAAUGUCCCAUUUUGAUCAAUCAGAAUGAUAAUUAAUUAUUCUAAAUAUUUUUGCUAUAUUUUUUCUAUAGUAUGAUAUGCAUAAAUAGUUUAAAAAUUGAUCACUUAAAGGUUUAAUAUUGAUAUCUAUAGUACUUACGAAUUAUAGUAUAAUAAUUUCGUUUCAAUACACAUACUAAUACACACGCUAUGAAAGCAUUUGCUCUUCCUUGUCCAAAUAAGAGACGAAUUGUAGUAAGCGCCAUGUAUAGUUUUAUUAAUUAUCAGGGUAAUUUUAGCUAAUGCCAUUUUAUGUAUUUCCCUCAGAUGUAGUAUUUAAUGUUUUUGCAUUUCUAUCUGUCUGAGUUCGCUUAACUUUUAGUCGAUUUUGUUUGUGUACCUGUAAUGUAUAAGUCAAGUCGAAUUUAUUUGAUAUGUAAUAUGUAAUUUAGAUAUAUCUAUAUAUUUAAUGAAAAUAAAGUAUACAUUAUAAAAAAGUA